AAGCAGAAACAUCUGAUAGAAGGGGGGAGUGUGAAUUUGGUGAUCUGCAGAAUCAGAGGGGGAAAAAGGAAGAAAAAAAAAGGCGAAAAAAAUGUUUUUGCGAAUGAUAUCGCGGCCGUUGUUGGCUAAGGUGAAGGAGACAACGGGGAUCGUCGGAUUAGACGUUGUCCCUAACGCAAGGGAAGUCCUUAUCGGUCUCUACAACAAGACUCUGAAGGAGAUCCAGGCCGUACCUGAAGACGAGGGUUACCGUAAGGCCGUUGAAAGCUUCACGCGCCACCGUCUGAAGGUUUGCCAGGAGGAAGAAGAUUGGGAAAUGAUUGAGAAGCGCCUUGGAUGUGGCCAGGUUGAGGAGCUCAUCGAGGAAGCGCGUGACGAGCUCACUCUUAUCGGAAAAAUGAUCGAGUGGGAUCCAUGGGGUGUUCCUGAUGACUAUGAAUGUGAGGUUAUCGAAAAUGAUGCUCCUAUUCCCAAGCAUGUUCCUCAGCACCGACCUGGUCCUCUUCCGGAGGAGUUUUACAAGACGCUAGAAGCUCUUUCUAAGAAAGACGAGCCUAAAGUCACCUCCGGAUAUCCACAGAUAAAGGAGUAAUGUGACGCAGACGGUUGGCUGAAAUUUGCAUUGUUCUUUCGUUCUUAUUUGUUGAUCUUGUAUUGUGCCUGUUUCCGUUGAUGGAAUUGAGCUUUAACCUAUGAUAAAAAGCUGGACCGGAACCUUUAGUUGCAUAAUAAUAUUGAAUGCCAGUGGUUAUAAA